AUGAUAUUUUCAUUUUUACUAAUCUAAUUUGUACAAGGAAUCAUAACAGAAUGCUAAGGAGAAGUUACUUAGUUUUCCUAUUAAGUAUCAGGAUUUAAUUGCUAAAAUGGAUACACAUCUACAAUUAAUUUUCCAGACUCUUUUUCAAACAUACCAAAAUUAAUCUUUCAUCCUAGUCUUUUUGAUUUUGCUUCUAUUUCCUCAACUUAACCUACUGCUAAAAUUGAAAUAGUAAGUGUAACAUUAACAGGUAAAGAUAAUAUUUAACCUAGAUUUUCAAAUCAAAUUAACAUGUCCCUAUUAAAGAAUAAAUACUUAUAAUCUCAGAUGGUAUGCGAUUGAUGAUCAACGCUUAAUCGUCAUUAAUGAGUUUAAUUUAAAUCCUAUAGGUGCUAAAUCAUUUACUUUUUAAAAUCCAAAUAUAAAGAAAGCAAUACUUUCAAUUGUAGGGGUUGGAUAUAAAGCAUCAUUUGAUAUGGGUCUAUCUGUAUGAUAUACAUUAAUAUAAUAAUAGAUAGCUGAUUUUACUUCUACAUCAGUAACUGUGAAUUAUUUUACUUUGAAUGCCAAUUUUCUCUUCCUUGGGUAUUAAUUAAUUUUGGGAACUGAUGAAAUUAUCACUUAUAUU